AUGCGUCUCAGGAAAUCGCUUGCCGUGCUUGUGGCCACCUUGGCAACUACGUUCACCUUCGCUCAGUGCGACGACGAACAUGAAGAUCCUCCAGUAAACUGGGGUGUUCUUCUCUUCCCCACAUUCGAAGCACUAGACGUCUUCGGGCCCCUCGAAGCCCUUAACCUACUCUCCUUGACAGUCCCCCUCAACCUCUCUCUCAUAUCGAGAACACUUGACCCCGUUUCCACCAAACCGCGUGCGAUGACCACCCCCUCCAACUUCUCCGAGUCCAUCCUCCCUACACACACGUUCUCCAACCCGCCGCCAGACCUCGAAGUCCUGCUCGUCCCGGGUGGAUUGGGGACCCGCGCUCCGGACUUGCAAGCCGAAGUUGGCUUCAUUCGGGAUACCUACCCCCAACUGAAGUACCUCAUUACCGUGUGUACCGGCGCGUGGUUGGCUGCGAACGCGGGGGUGUUGGAUGGUCGCAAUGCCACGACGAAUAAGAAAGCGUGGGCAGGGAGACCGGUUAACAACACGGUCAAUUGGAUCACCCAUGCACGCUGGGUAGUCGACGACAACAUUUGGACUAGUUCUGGAAUAAGUGCAGGGAUAGACGCGACGUUGGCGUUUGUAGAAGAGAUCUAUGGAGAAGAACUUGCGACAGACGUUGCUAACAGCAUGGAGUACGAGAGACACACGAAUGCAACCUGGGACCCCUUCGCAGAGUUGUACGGACUCGCAUGA